AUGGGAACGAAUGGUGAAGCAAGUGUGGAAGCAUAUGCUGAACCAUCGGGUCCCUAUUUCCCUGGCCAGUCACUCAUCAUGCACUGCAAAGUCACUGGAGAUACAACUAAAUUCUGCACCUGGAGACCCCCAAUUGGAUUUAGCUUCGUGCCGGGUUCAUUCCCUAACUUUUAUGAAAGCGUGAGCAGCGGUAGUACGGAAGAGUGCACUUUCAGAAUCAAGAGUGCCAGUGACUUCGAGAGUGGGAAAUGGGCUUGCAUCCCCUUUUUGAGUGGUGGCGAUUCGAAAAGUGACCGUAUUGAUAUUCUUGUAGCACGACCGCCGGAAUCUAUUGAGGUGUCUGAAGUCCGAAAGGAUGCUUACCACGAAAUCCUUCAGGCUCAAAAUGCAGUCAACUUCACUUGUGAGGUGAAAGGCAUUCGCCCUGAAGUCGAGAGCAUACAAUGGUACAUUGUGAGGGAAGAUGGGAGUGAAGAACAUUUGACGCCGUCUCACCCAGAGCUCCUCCACACCAAAACCUUUGUCCCAGCUGACUUUACCUCUUACCCAGGAAUGCAAAAUCAAGGAGUGCAGCAGAUGAUGGUCUAUAAUGUAAAUGCCACCUUGAGUCAUGUCUUCUCUCCUCUGGACAAUGGGAGAAAGUUGGUUUGCCGUGUGAUUCACAUGCUGCUUCAUCCUGCCAAUAAUUCUGCAUCUGCUAAAUUGGAAGUACAAUAUGUCCCUGUGGUGCAUAUGGAUGACUGGAAGACGAAGAACUUCGACCCCCAUGGAAAUAAGUUUUAUCUACCACCAGGCAGAAAAGGAGAGAUCACUGUCUAUUUUCUGGCCAAUCCACCUAUCUCUGCUCCACAAAGGGAGGUUCAGUGGAUCAUUCGCAAUGACAUUACCUUGAAUAGUGGGCAAGAAGAGGGGAAGGUCAAGGCUGGUCCUGUCGCUCAUGUCCCGGAUCAUGGCUUGGAAACUUAA